CCACCAUUGGGGCCGCCAUUUUGGCCACCACUGUGGACCCCGUUGUCCCCUCCACCCCGCAGCCAUGCAGGUUUCUGGCUACCUGAACCUGGCAGCCGACGUGGCUCACAACGUGACGGACGGUUUGGCCAUCGGGGCGUCCUUCGUGGCCGGCCCGGCCGUCGGGACGGUGACGGCGUUGACGGUGCUCCUCCACGAGGUCCCGCACGAGGUCGGCGACCUCGCCAUCUUGGUGCAGUCGGGCUGUAGCAAGAAGCAGGCGAUGCGCCUGCAGCUGCUGACCGCCCUGGGGGCGGUGGGGGGCGCGGGCUGUUCCCUGCUGGCCGAAGGGGUGGGGGCCGCAGCCACGCGCUGGAUCCUCCCCUUCACGGCGGGGGGCUUCAUCUACGUGGGGACGGUGGCCGUCCUCCCCCAGCUGCUCCGAGAGGACGUCCCCAUGCAGUCCCUGCUGCAGCUGGCCGCGCUGCUGGCCGGGGUGGCCAUGAUGGCGGCCAUUGCUCAGUGGGAGUGAUUGGGGGGCUGGGGGGGUCUUUGGGGGGAUAUGGGAGGGAUGGGGGGGAUUAUGGGGGGCUUUUUGUAGGAGGUGUUCAAUAAAAGAGUGAUCGAUGACGUGGGGACGUGGAGGACCUCAGUGGGACCCAUGGGGACAUCAGUGGGACAUGGAGACCCCAAUGGGACAUGGAGACCCCAAUGGGAUCCAUGGGGACGUCAGUGGGACAUGGAGACCCAAUGGGGACCCAAUGGGACACGAAGAUCCCAAUGGGACCCAUGGGGGCAUGGAGACCCCAAGGAGACAUGGAGGACCCCAAAGGGACAUGAAGACCCAAAGGGACAUGGAGGACCUCAGUGGGGACCCAUGGGGACAUAUGGGGACAUGGGGACACCAAUAGGAUCCAUGGGGACAUCAGUGGGACGUGAAAACCCAAUGGGACACAUGGAGGACCCCAAUGGGACAUGGGAGACCGCAAAGGGGACCCAUGGGGACAUA